AUGGAUGCGGUUGGCUGCUACCUCCAGAUCGAACCGAGGACCAGGGUCAACGCGCGCGAUGCAGAGGUCGGACAUGGGGUCAACGCAGUGGACGCAUCAAUGGUGCAGGUGGAAGCAGAGCUCCGGCGUGAGGCACGGCCGCUGCAAGGACUUGGCGAGGCGGCGAGGUCCGGGAAUGGGCGCGGCGAGGCGCUUGGGUCCAAAUCCGGUGUGGAGGGCUCUGGCAACGACUUGGUUCGCUGGAUCCGGGCGAAGAACACGGCGGCUCGACCUUGGCGUCCAUGGCGUGGCGGGAUAGAGCUCAUGGGCAGAGAGAGAGAUGAGACAGGAAAAGGACCCGAUUGCUUAUAUUUUCCGGGCCAAGGACCCGAUUGCUUUUUCAUUUUUCCAAAAAGGGUGUUGGUGUAA